ACGACGCUCUUAAUUGCCUCGGCUCUCGGCUUUAAAACGUCCUCCGGCUGUGGGAAUGGUCACCAUUCGACUAGCCAUGGCUCGUCUGCUAGGUGUCGUUGUCUUCGCGGUCGCGGUUGCCGGCGCGCUGGCCGAGCCCCACUUCCCGAACCUCUUCCCGCUGGGCAACCUCCCCGUCGUCGACGUCCUCCCCUUCGGGUCCUCCGGGUCCUCCGGGUCCUCCGGGUCCUCUGGGUCCUACGAGUCCUCUGCAUCUCAUGGUAGUGCUUUCCCGGACCUUUUCACGGACGGCCUCAAGGCCCUAAAGAAAGGCGCCGAGAACUUCGGCAAUGGCAUCAAAACGAUCGUCUCUGAAGACGCCGCCAUGAUGAAGAAGCAGGCGCACGCAGUCGGGGACGCCGUCAAGGCGGCGGUGAAGCAGGGUGUGCACGUCGGCGAGGUCAUCGGACAGCAGCUCAAAAACGGCGCCAAGCUGGCCAUGAGGCAAGGCGCGCAGGUCGGCCAGGCCAUCCGACAGAACAUCCAGAAGGCCGCCAAGCUCGUCAAACAGAAGGUCUCCUCCGCGACCGCCGGUCACCAGGGCCAGGUCUACGGCAAGGGCUACGGCAAUGGCUACGGCAAGGGCUACGGCCAGGGCUACGGCCAGGGCCAUGCUGGCGGUAAGCAAACCGUCCACUACCACAGCUACACCGGCCAGACUGGCGGAAGUGGCCAUACCUACCCUAGCCAUGGCUACCAGGGCCAGCACUCUACCACCGGCCAGGGCCAUGCUGGCGGUAAGCAAACCGUCCACUACCACAGCCACACCGGCCAGACCGGAGGAAGUAGCCAUACCUACCCUAGCCAUGGUCCCGUCGUCAUCAGAUUGCGCUACCAUCACGGCGGCAGCAACGGUCAACAAAGCGGCGCCGGCAAGAACAUUCUCCCGAAGAAUGUGCCAGUGUCACACGGAGGCCACGGAGCAGCCCUCCAGGGUGAUAGCCGUCCUACCACCUACCAACACCACCAGGUCCCCAAGUUCGGCUCCGAGUCUUCUGAGACCCACGGCAGUUUCUACCCGAACCUGCUGGCGAACGGCCUCAAGGCCCUGAAGGGAAAGGCCGAGAAGGUCGGCAAGGCCAUCAAGACGCACAUCUCGCACGACGCCGCCCUCGUCAAGAAGCAGGUGCACAAGGUUGGGGACGCCGUCAAGCAGGCGGCCGCGCAGGUCGGCAAGCUCCUCUCUGUCGCCAUUCCCGCCCCUCUCACUCACGCACCCCGACAGCCAGCCGGGCGUGCGGCGCCCUCCCUACAAACGCUACCGUAG